UUAAUCCUGGGAUGACGACAUAACGAGGAGGAGGGAACUCGUCUGGAGAAACACAACGCCAUUUUCACCGAGAGAAGCCCCAGACAGAUGCGUCUGAGCUCGGACCCCGGUGUUCUGGCGAGCCCCGCCGUCGCAUGCUACGACCGCGCGAUUAUGAGACGAUCGUGUCUGCGCCACUCUGUGAUCUGAGCUCGCGCUGGAGGAACCGGACUGUCACGCGCAGGAACUUCCCCCGUCGAGCGCCGGAAGACCGAAGACGAGCGCGCGCGCGCGGACGGACGACUGCCGCAGACCCUCGCGAUCAGCCUGCUGUGCGUUUUACUGAGCGGAGGCACGAGGAGGACACGGACCCCGUUACGGUUGUGCGUGUGACCUGGAUGCUCCGCAGAACGGAUGCGUGAGGACAUGUCGAGCGUGGUGUGCGUGAAGGAGACGGAUGGACAGGGGAACCCCGGUGAGAAGCUGUCCCAGGACGAGCUGCUAUGUCGGACGCGGGAGGUCAUGCAGGGGCUGGAGGCGCUCCGUGCAGAACAUCAGGCCAUCCUGGAGGGCCUGAUGGGGACCUUGCGCUGCCUCAAACAGAGCCAGGAGGGUCGUGCUGUUGAGGAGAAGACAGCCAUGAUCCAGCGCUCUAUGGAGAUGCUGGAGCUGGGCCUCAGCGAAGCACAGGUGAUGAUGGCUCUGUCAGGGCACCUGAGUGCAGUGGAGGCAGAGAAACAGAAGCUUCGAGCACAGGUGCGGAGGCUGUGUCAGGAGAACCAGUGGCUGAGAGACGAGCUGGCGGGAACCCAGCAGCGGCUGCAGAAGAGUGAGCAGAGCGUGGCCCAGCUAGAGGAGGAGAAGAAACAUCUGGAGUUCAUGAACCAGCUCAAGAAAUAUGACCAGGACCUCAGCCCAUCAGAUGAUAAGGACUCUGAUUCAAGUAGGGAGACACUGGAUGAUCUUUUCCCAGACGAGCAAGAUGAGCCGGGCCCUGGUAUCCAGCCUCCUCACAGCAGUGCAGCAGCAGCCGCGCAGCAGGGAGGGUACGAGAUCCCCGCUCGUCUCAGGACCCUCCACAACCUGGUGAUCCAGUACGCCUCGCAGGGCCGCUAUGAGGUGGCCGUUCCUCUCUGCAAACAGGCUCUGGAAGAUCUGGAGAAAACAUCUGGACACGAUCAUCCUGAUGUAGCCACCAUGCUCAACAUUCUCGCCCUCGUCUAUAGGGACCAGAAUAAAUACAAAGAGGCAGCAAACCUCCUUAACGAUGCACUGGCCAUCAGAGAGAAGACCCUGGGCAGAGACCACCCUGCGGUGGCUGCCACACUGAACAACCUGGCAGUUCUUUAUGGCAAACGAGGGAAGUACAAGGAAGCAGAGCCUCUGUGUAAAAGGGCGCUGGAGAUCAGGGAGAAGGUGCUGGGAAAGGACCACCCUGAUGUUGCCAAGCAGCUGAAUAAUCUGGCCUUGCUGUGUCAGAACCAAGGCAAGUAUGAAGAGGUGGAGUACUACUACCAGAGGGCCCUGGAGAUCUACCAGACCAAACUGGGCCCCGACGACCCCAACGUGGCCAAGACCAAAAACAACCUGGCUUCGUGCUAUCUGAAGCAGGGGAAGUUCAAGCAGGCAGAGACUCUGUAUAAAGAGAUCCUCACCCGAGCCCAUGAGAGAGAGUUUGGCUCUGUUGAUGAUGAAAAUAAACCCAUCUGGAUGCAUGCAGAGGAGAGAGAAGAGCAAAGCAAGGGCAAGCAAAAGGAUGGUUCUCCGUUUGGAGAGUAUGGUGGCUGGUACAAGGCCUGUAAAGUCGACAGCCCGACUGUCACGACCACGCUGAAGAAUCUCGGAGCUCUCUACAGGAGACAGGGCAAGUUUGAGGCUGCGGAUACUCUGGAGGAGGCGGCUCUGCGCUCCAGAAAGCAGGGUCUGGACACAGCACAUAAGCAGCGUGUGGCGGAGGUGCUGGGAGACCCUGAAGUACGAGAGAAGCAGCGGAGCCGUGAGAGCCUGACCUCUGACACGGUGAAGUACGAAAGCGGCCCUGAUGGAGGAGAGGAAGUGAGUAUGAGCGUGGAGUGGAACGGGGACGGCUCAGGCUCGCUGAAGCGCAGCGGUUCCUUUAGUAAACUGCGGGCCUCUAUCCGGCGCAGCAGUGAGAAACUGGUCCGCAAGCUCAAAGGAGGCGGCUUACGAGAAAACGAACCCAAAAACCCUGGCAUGAAGAGGGCCAGCUCUCUUGGAGUUCUCAACGAUCCGGAUAAACCUGUGGGUGAACUCAAAGAACGAAAUAAUCGUCUGAGGAAGUCGCGGGACCUGAGUUCCAGUCACACUGACCUGGCACAUUGAAGGUCUGCUGUCGGACGUCCCGAUGAAGAGAGGCACAAAGAGGUCUCAUCGGGCUGCAGUGAACUGCGUUUUUGACAGGACUACCCUUUACGGAGGUUACUUUUUGCUCUCGUGUCUCUUUAUAUGUAUUUAAUUUCUGGUAGCUGUAAAAAUGACGUAAUGAUGUAAAACCUCAACCAGAACCAAAGUGCACAACAAAUUUGAGAUUUAUUACGUUCUGCAAAGAUGAAAAUAGAUGAUGCUAUUCAGGCUCAGGUUGAGACUAGACACUCUAAUGGCAUUUUUGCUGCUUUCAUGUGGUUUAUUUUCCUUUAUUUUGAGAUGUACUUUGGCGCUUUUUUUGAAACCAACAACUAUAGGACUGUUUUUAUUAAUGAAGGAUUAUAGUGACAGAGGUGUGUAUAUUUGUGUGUUUAAAGACCUAAAAUUGCAAAGGGUUUUUUUUUUGUUGUUUUUUUGUACCACUUUUCCUCUUUGUGACUUAAUAUUCUGCUAUUGACGACCUUAAUGUUGUUUAUACAUUGAGUUACAUUAGAGGACCAUGAUGCUAAAGUAUGGAUGUAAUCAAACUUUUUCCCUUGAUAAAGAGAGGACUGCACCAUGUUUAUGAAGGUCUAAGUUUACAUGAGUGAUGGUUUCUUACUGCGUUUGAGAAGCGAGAAGGGAUCUGGUUUAUAAUGAAAUAAAUGGGAAAUAAUGUGGUUUACACUGCUGUGGAGAUCUAAACGUUCAGAACGUGGAUUAAAUCUCAGGACUGAAAGAACAGAUUCAUUAUGCAAAGUAACACUGCACUUUGAACGAUCUCAAAUGAUAAUGUUACACUAUUAACCCUUUGCAUGUUACAGAACUAAACUGAGACGAUUACUUCAGUUUUAAUUGGUUACCUUUGGUUUCUAGAUGCUUUUGUUUGAUCUGCAAACUGAAUAGUACAGGUUUUCAUGAACGAUAACAACAGGAAGUCUUUCUGUUAUUUGGUAAAGCAACGCUGUUAUCUAACAUGGAGUUUUAAGUACUGCUACUCCAGAUAGAAAUGCACUGGAAAAUGAUUUCUCUCCAGAUGUUUAGCUACAGUACCUGAUUGAAAGCGGCGUGCCUUGUGAGUGCCUCAGGCAGGUUCUUACUAAUGAAUGUGGAAGUUACUGAUCCUGAGUGUGACGGCAGAACGGUUUGAGCUCCGUAAGGUCAAAUGUUGGUCGCAAUUUUACGGAGUAAACAUUAACUUUUAAUGCUGUGGUCAAAUAAAAGCCCGUUAUGUAUCAUAUUAUGGAUUUAUGCUAAUAUAGUGCACUGCUCAACUGGCCUUCUUGACUUUGUUUCCGCUUUCUUUGUUCUCUUUAUCCAUGUAACUCUUUCUGUGGGUGUAAUAUAUUACCGUCCCGUGCAGUAAUUUGUUCGUCUUGUGUGUAUAAGUGUGUUUUCUCUGUAAAACACACAUUAAUGCUCUGCAUUGUGAUGAUGUGCAAUAGGGUGGCUGCUGUGUGUUGGCUGGUUUUGAUCUCACAUGCAAUGUUUUACUGACAAAAGCUGCAAUAUCCGCCUGGUUUGCAUGUUUCGGUUAUCUUUACACUCUAAACGAAUAAAUAUAUCAUUCGCAUUUUUAUACAUAGAGUAUGGAGUUGUUUUAUGUCGCUAAUUUGAGCUGUUACACACUUGUGGGACUAAAUGUGCCCUUCACAUGUUCGUAUCUGAUUUUCAGAUGGUUUGUGUUUCACGUUUUUUGACUGUUGAUCAGUUUGUGUUAUAUUUAGUUUUUUUUUUUGAACAGGGUUACUGAUGUGGCACUCACUCCCAGAGGUCUUUAAUGCUCAAUCCAUAUGCAUUUUUUUGUUUAUUUUCUUUACAUUUUGCAACCCUGGUCACAAAAUAUACACUCGAAGGUUACAAGUACACUUACCAAGAGGCAAUAUAGCAUUAAAAAUUAAGGACAAAACCUGUAUGUAGUACGUAACAGCAGGGACUGUUGUGACCUGUAUGAUAUAACCCUGACAUAUUUAUUUUUGUGGUUGAUGUUGCAUUUCUACUGUCUGUCUCUGUCAUUUGUGUUCAUGUUUUGUAUUAUGUUGUACGUCUGUAUAUUUGUGUGUAUUCUGAACUUCGCACUGGACUCAUGUAUCUUCCACUUUCUCAGGCUGCCGCUGUGCUGGUUACACUUCAUUUACUGCCGUGUUUGUGGUGAUGUGUGUUGCUCUGAAUAUCCUAUGGUAAAGUGUACAUACUUGAAUAAAGACAACAGAAGUAA